AUGGUUCUACUCUUCUUCUGGAUACUUGCCAUAAGAACCCCAUUUGGCUUCUCAGACCCCCUUUAUGGUGUGCGCUUAGUGGGAGGCCAAAACCGUUGUGAAGGCCGGGUAGAGUUGUGGAAGGAUGGGCAAUGGGGCACUGUAUGUGAUGACCACUGGAAGAAAGAAACAGCGGCUAUGGUAUGCCGAGAGCUGCAAUGUGGACCAGUUAUGAAGACUCCUGUUGGCAGACUCUAUUCACCAAAAGCUGAGAAAGAUCAGCACAUUUGGAACCUGAUUUGCCAAGGAACAGAACAGACACUGGCAGAAUGUGAAGAAGAUGUUGUAGAUUGUGAUAAUCAUGAAGAAGAUGCAGGGGCAGUCUGUGAAGUCCCCCUUCAUUUAGAGGGAACCCGACUGGUUGAUGGCCCUGGACCCUGCACUGGCCGAGUGGAAGUGAAAUAUGCUGGGGAGUGGGGCACUGUGUGCAACGAAGGCUGGAACCUCCGAGAUGCCAAGGUGCUGUGUCGGGAGCUGGGCUGUGGGAGGCCCUUGCUGACCAAGAGAUCUUGUGAAAGGGAUCAGCAGGGCAGAGGAGAGAUCUGGCUGAGCCAAGUGGAAUGCCAAGGAUCUGAAGCAUCCCUGAGGGACUGCCCGGCUGCACCAGUGGGAGAGAACAACUGUACCCAUGAUGAUGAUGCCUGGGUCCAGUGUGAAGAACUGUUUGCCUUGAGGCUGGUGGAUGGAGGAGACAAGUGUUCAGGUCGUGUGGAGGUGUUUCACAAGGGCUUUUGGGGUUCUGUUUGCAACGAUGGCUGGGGAGAAAAGGAGGAUCAAGUGGUUUGCCAGGAGAUGAAGUGUGGUAAGGCCCUCUCCCAGAAGCCCAGAACCAGAAAGAGGUUUGGCCUUGGGAAAGGACCCAUCUGGUUGGAUGAUGUCCGCUGCAAGGGGAAGGAGACAUCCUUGGAACAAUGUCGACACCGCCUCUGGGGCCACCAUGACUGUACUCAUAGGGAAGACGUGUCCGUGGUCUGCUUUGGAUAAAGUAGGACCCUUUUUUUGGGAGCCUUCAGUCCAGCUCAGUUCUAAGAAUGUCUCCUGUCAGGUCUUGUGGAUUCCAUCUCUCCCUUGGUUGCUGAUGAACCAGAAGGCUUUAUCUGUUUCUCCUUCACUCCUACCAAGUUGUCUCUCAACCUGGGCUGUGGAAUCUGCCACCCUGAGAGCAGCCCUUUUAUUCCUUCCUGAAAAUAUAAUGUGCGAGGACAGAGGAAGGACAAAGCUGCCAGGGAGCUGAGCUCCUAUCAUUUCUAGUCUCAUCUCACUGCAAACUUGCCACCCCAACUUUCCUCUUCUCUCUUUGACCCACCUUGGAUUCUCCGGUUCUAUCUGGUUGGCACUUUUCCUUCUGAGUUUUCAGAACAGGACUAGUGUUUAUGAAUUAAUAAAAGCAU